AUGUUAUUGUCUUCUGUAUCCAUUGAAUUUUUUUCUUUCUUUUUUCUUUUUUCUUUCUUUCUUUCUUUCUUUCUUUUCAUUAUAACAAUCAUUCUGUCCAAAAGUCUUUGUCUUUUGGUAAUUCAUGCUAACCUUCAUAUGUUUAAUGUCUUCUGUAUCUUUUCUUUCUUUCUUUCUUUCUUUUUCUUUCUUUUGCUUUCUUUCUUUUUCUUUCUUUCUUUCUUUCUUUCUUCUUUCUUUCUUUCUUUCUUUCUUUCUUUUCAUUAUAACAAUCCUUCUGUCCAAAAGUCUUUGGUAAUUCAUGCUAAUGUUCAUAUGUUAAUGUCUUCUGUAUCACUUGAAUUUCUUUCUUUCUUUCUUUUUCUUUCUUUCUUUCUUUCUUUUCAUUAUAACAAUCAUUCUGUCCAAAAGUCUCUGGUAAUUCAUGCUAAUGUUCAUAUGUUAAUGUCUUCUGUAUCCUUGAAUUUCUUUCUUUCUUUCUUUCUUUUCAUUAUUUCUUUCAUUCUGUCAAAAGUCUUUUUAGUAAUUCAUGCUAAUGUUUAUGUUUGUCUUUCUUUCUUGAAUUUCUUUUCUUUUCUUUCUUUCUUUCUUUCUUUCUUUCUUUCUUUCUUUCUUUUCAUUAUAACAAUCAUUCUGUCCAAAAUCUUUGGUAAUUCAUCUAAUGUUCAUAUAUUAUGUCUUCUGUAUCACUUGAAUUUUUCUUUCUUUCUUUCUUUCUUCUUUUUUCUUUUCAUUAUUCAUUCUAAGUGUUUGGUAAUUCAUGCUAAUGUUCAUAUGUUAAUUCUGUAUCUUGAAUUUCUUUUCUUUUCUUUCUUUCUUUCUUUUCUUUCUUUUAACAAUUUCUGUUCUCUGGUAAUUCAUGCUUUCAUUAUAAUUUCUUUUCUUUCUUUCUUUCUUUCUUUCUUUCUUUCUUUUUUCUUUUCUUCUCUGGUAAUUCAUGCUAACGUUCAUAUGUUAUUGUCUUCUGUAUCACUUGAAUUUCUUUCUUUCUUUCUUUCUUUCUUUCUUUCUUUCUUUUUUCUUUUCAUUAUAACAAUCAUUCUGUCAAAAUCUUUGGUAAUUCAUGCUAAUGUUCAUAUGUUAAUGUCUUCUGUAUCACUUGAAUUUUCUUUCUUUCUUUUCUUUUCUUUUCUUUCUUUCUUUCUUUUUCUUUUCUUUUUCUUUCAUAUGUUAAUUUUCAUUAUAACAAUCAUUUCUUCUUUGGUAAUUCAUGCUAAUGUUCAUAUGUUAAUGUCUUCUGUAUCACUUGAAUUUCUUUCUUUUCUUUCUUUCUUUCUUUCUUUCUUUCUUUCUUUUUUCUUUCUUUUUUCAUUAUUAACAAUCAUUCUGUCCAAAUCUUUGGUAAUUCAUGCUAAUGUUCAUAUGUUAAUGUCUUCUGUAUCCUUGAAUUUCUUUCUUUCUUUUCUUUCUUUCUUUCUUUCUUUCUUUCUUUUUUUUCUUUCUUUUCAUUAUAACAAUCAUUCUGUCAAAAGUCUCUGGUAA